AUGUCUUUCCUCACAUCCAUCCGCGCAUCCCGCCAGGCCCUCCGCACCAAUUACGCCAUCACCUCCACUUUCCACACUUCAGCAGUGCGCAGCUUGAAGGAGAAUGACAGACACCGCGAGGACCUCGCCACCCACUACGAAUCCCACAAGCAACAGGUCGUCAAGGAUUCCAAGGAGGGUAAGGGGAAGUGGAGGGCUGAACUGGCGAGUAGCAGCGAAGAAGAUGUGAAAGCGGAUCGUGGUGACUUUGAUGGCGAAAAUGUUGCUUUCGACGAGAUGCAGAAGAAGACAAAACAGCGUCUCCACCAGCAGAGUUCUGGCAAGCAAUAA